AUGCUGAUCUCCGCCAACAUUACCUCCACCACACCACCACCGCGCUUUCUCUCACUCCACAACCAUCUCCCUUCCUCCGCCUCUGUACCUCGCCCUUUCUCAACUGCCAAAACUCACCUCUUUUCACUCUCUAUAACCCCCACACACCACCAUGCCCUAUUUUUACCAUUUUCCACUAAUUCCUCAGUCACUAACACUGACAUUAUCACCGACAUCUCCAGCGGCGGAGGAAAUGGAGAAAUCGGCAGAGGCAGCAACAACGGCGAUGACGGAGGUGGAGACGAGAAUGGAAAUAAUUGGAAUGAUGAUAGUAAUAAGAAGAAUAGAGAUGAAGCUCUAAUGGCAAUGGCGUCCGGCCCUGCUCAUGACCCUAAGUUUGACUCAAAUCAUCCUGCUUUAAAGCCAUUACAAGUUAUUGAUGAAUCUACAGGCCAGCAACAAGUGGUUUACUCUGUUACUAUCCCUAAUUCUAUCUUGAUAAAGACACUUCUUGUCGAAAUCCAAACAAUGGCAGCAAUUGAGCCUUCGACCCCAUUGCUGAAAGAUGAGUUAGAUAUAGUGAUUCCGACCAUCAGAAACUUGGAUUUUCUCGAAAUGUGGAGACCCUUUUUCCAGCCAUACCAUUUGAUCAUUGUUCAAGAUGGAGAUCCAUCAAAAAAAAUCAAUGUCCCAGAGGGUUUUGAUUAUGAACUCUACAAUCGAAAUGAUAUAAACAAGAUUCUGGGUCCUAAGGCUUCGUGUAUUUCGUUUAAGGAUUCGGCCUGCCGAUGCUUUGGCUACAUGGUGUCAAAGAAGAAGUAUAUCUUCACCAUUGAUGACGAUUGCUUUGUUGCUAAAGAUCCAACUGGAAAGGAAAUUAAUGCACUCGAGCAGCACAUCAAGAACCUUUUGAGCCCAUCAACGCCAUUCUUCUUCAACACUCUUUAUGAUCCCUACCGAGAUGGUGCAGAUUUUGUUCGUGGAUACCCAUUCAGUCUUCGUGAAGGUGUACCAACUGCAGUGUCACAUGGGCUUUGGCUUAACAUCCCGGAUUAUGACGCACCGACACAGCUUGUCAAGCCUCGUGAGAGGAACACUAGGUAUGUGGACGCAGUAAUGACGAUACCAAAAGGAACCCUGUUCCCAAUGUGUGGCAUGAAUCUGGGUUUUAACCGUGAAUUGAUUGGCCCAGCAAUGUACUUUGGACUCAUGGGUGAUGGCCAGCCAAUUGGACGCUACGAUGACAUGUGGGCUGGCUGGUGCACCAAGGUGAUCUGCGACCACUUGGGAUUAGGAAUCAAGACAGGACUUCCUUACAUUUGGCACAGCAAAGCUAGCAAUCCGUUCGUGAAUCUUAAGAAGGAAUACAAAGGUAUCUACUGGCAAGAGGAGCUAAUCCCCUUUUUCCAAUCGGUAACCCUUCCAAAAGACAGCACCACUGUUCAAACAUGUUAUCUUGAACUUGCAAAGCAAGUCAAGGCGAAGCUUGGGAAGGUGGAUGAUUACUUCAACAAGCUUGCAGAUGCAAUGGUGACUUGGAUCGAAGCAUGGGACGAGCUUAACCCGUCUACCUGA